GGUUGAAUGAGGUUGUACAAACAAACAUCCAAUAAGAUAGAGAUUGUGCACAGCAUGGGAAGACAGCUUUCUCAAAAUACACAGUUAGAAUAUGCUGGAUAGAUAUGUGAAGGAUUGAUAACAGAGGCGAAUGAUGGGAAUUGUGAUAUAACGACCUAGGCGCGUGCCUGAAAAGUGUAACCCAUUAGAAGACCUUAUCAAUUUGUUGGUUGGGCACCACUCAAAGAUUUGGGGGGUUUUUUUUGAUAGAAUGAUUAAGUCAAUGAUAAUCUUUUUUGGAAUACAAUUCCAAUACGUUGAAUAAAUGGAUUUGAGAAUGGAGCUAUCCAAAGAUUGUCCAAAUCAAAAUACACCAUCGGAAUUUCCAGCAGCUCUCAAGGGAAAGCGUAUCCUCCUCGCUACAGAAUCAUUUGGACCUGUAAAUGGCGUGAGCAGAACGACGUUAAACUUGGUGGAAUACCUUCGCAGAAAUGGUGUCUCCGUCGCAGUUGUAGCGCCUCAUAAUUCAACCUGUGCAGUCCCGAUUGCUCCCACAAUAACUGAUGCCAAUCAUAUCGAAUUGAGAUUGAAAGGAUAUCCAUUACCUUACAAUCCAGAACUUUCGGUGGUUUAUCCUGUACGUCUGUCGAAACUAUAUGCUGGGACAUUCGGAUCAAAACCAGAUUUGAUAUAUCUGGCAAGUCCUGCAUCUCUAGGAUUUCAGAUCUUGUUACAGUUAAGACAACAGCAGAAAAAAGAACAAGUUCCGGUAUUACUGAAUUUCCAAACGGAUUUAUCAGGCUAUUGCGAUAUAUUAUUUCCAACCCCGUUAAAUAAAUGGGCAGUUUGGGUAUUUGGAAGUGUACAAGGGUAUCUUUUUCGAUGGGAGGGUGUCAAGGCAAUAUUUUAUCCAAGUGCAUUUGUGAAAAGAUAUCUAGUCAAGACAGGAGUACCGGUGAAAAAGAUGAUAAAUUUGAGAAGAGGGGUUGAUGGUUCUAUGUUUCAUCCUUCGAAACGACUAGAAGAACAUCGAAAGGACUGGGCUCCGAAUGGCGAGCUGAUCAUGAUUUGUGUAGCUAGACUUGCACCAGAAAAAGGGUUCGAGUUUUUGAGUGACGUAGCAGAUGAGUUGGUUAAGAGAGAUUUCCCAUUCAAGCUCAUCAUAGUUGGGGGCAACCAGAGUCAAAAGGUUGAACACGAAAUCAAAAAUUUGUUUGCAGACCUAGUGAUGAAGGGAAAAGUCAUCUUCACCGGGAUGCUAAGAGGCGAAGCACUAGCCUCAGCUUAUGCUUCUGCCGAUAUAUUUUUGCAUUGUUCAAUCACUGAGACCUUUGGUCUGGUGGUUUUAGAAUCAAUGGCAAGUGGUGUACCAGUCAUUGCCAGAGAUGAGGGAGGCCCUUCAGAAAUUGUUGCAGAAAAUAGAUCAGGUUAUUUGGUGGCCCCAUCAAACCUUACAGGAUUUGUUGAAAGGGUCUUGAAACUUGGCAACGAUCCUAAAUUGAGAUCAACCAUGAGUAUUGAGAGUCGAAGAAUGGCAGAAGAAGCAACAUGGGAUAGUAUCGGUAAUCGUGUAGCGUGCAAGAUGGCCGAAAUAUUGGAAACAACUAAAUUAAUAGAUACUAUUCCUAACUUUAGAAUACCGUUGUAUAGUUGGCUCAUAACGAUCACUGAUGGAUUGAAGACUUUGUUGAUACUAUUCAUUGUAGAUGCAAGGCUUCUUGCAGGACUUGGAAUAAUCUGUGGAGUUUGGUUAGGCUUGAUUGUAACGUGGAUAUUGGUUCGAAUAUUACUUCGCCUGAGGACUUAUCUAGAUAGUUUCCUUGAGUUCCAGGCUGGGGCCGAAAUUUGUGGUUAAUGUUAAGUCAACAUUUCACCAUGACAUAUAAUUCGAUCAUCUAUUUUGGUAUUCUCAUAAAAAGCGGGGUUCAAUGUCCAGGAGUUGAGCAUCUGUAGGUUCAUGCUAAAACUUAUGGAUUGAUGCUUGAAUGAUGUUCAUGAUCAUGACAAUAAAUUUGUUAGAUGAAAAUAAAACACCAGUGUUUAUGAUCGGUUUGAUCGACGCACGACAGAAGAAAUAGGUCACAUAAAGUUGUUAGACUAACAGUAACGCAAGAGUAGAUAGAUCAAUGUCAGCA